AUUUGAAAUAGUACUUUUUAUUCAUUAUUAUUAAUUUCUGAGUGAACAUCCAUGCUAAUGCUAACUUGACUAGCUUACGUGAAUAUUAACAUAGCACCGACGCUAGCUGACUUGGCUAAAAAAAAAUAACAAAUAGUUCAUAAAAAGCGUAAGUCAAUUGGCAUUAUUUGUUUGAAAAACGCUGAAUAAUUUACGGUGUUUGGGUGAGGGCGAGAAGAAUGUCCAGCGGCCGCAGCGCAGACGUGGUGGAGCAGGUGAGCCGGCUGUGGUCCAUGCUGGAUGUUCUCUGCCUGAGCGACCCGGAGGCCUACCGCAGCUUCGUGGAGAAGCAGGUGACGUCAGGGCUGGACUACCACACGCCGCCUCGCGUGGAGGCAUGCAUGCGUGUGGACGUGGAGGAACCAAGAGGCCUGCUGUACAUCAACAUAUGCAGUUGGAAGCGUGUGCCGCCACCCCAGGACCCCAGCGAGCCAUUACCUGUGUAUGCUGGAAGCCUGGAAGCGGACACAAAUAUAGGUGGCCCCACUGUGCUGGACAUAGCAUUCAACCCCGAAGUGCUGCAGAAAUGCAAAAAAGUCAAGGAGGAGAUGGAGCAGGUGUACCUGCUGGCUCUGAGAUUUGUCCAGAAGCAGCAUGGGCUCAAACUAUCACAGCGGUACAUCAUAGUUAGCUUUUCCCCCAGAAAUGGCCCGGAGGACCUGCACCGACGCCUUGGCUUCCAGCAGCAGCGGGUGAACACGGACAAACAAUCAGACACAGCUAGUCCGAGCCCAGAGUCUUUGUUGCAGCAGAUCUCUUCUCUGCGGGCGCACAAAGACGACACUGAGCUUCCGGCUGAUAUCGUCCGUCGGCCGGCGGUGCGCAAAAAGGGCUUGAUCGAGGUAAUCUCCUCCACCACGUUCCAGCGACCCGAGGAGCCGGAGUACGGACUGGAGGUGAAGGCGGACGCGGAGGGAUUUCCCUCCAAGUUGGAGCUGACGGUGGAGCUGCCCAAGAUUAACUCCAUGUCUGAGUGGCAGCUGAAGAUGUCCAAGGAUGACGUCUUGUUGGAGGUGGAGGACGUCUACUAUUUGCUUCUGGACUUUCCACAAGUUGUCAAUGAAAACAGUGCAGUGGCCAUCUUCAACAAGAAGAGUCGAAGGCUGACUGUGACGGCAGAUAUUUUGUGACGCGUCUCCUUUG